AACGUUACACAUCACUGUGAAAUAGAUUAUAUGUCAGUAUAUGUUUGUUACAACGACAUAGUACCUGUUGUACGUUAGACUAUAUGGUACUCUAAGCUUCAUGUGUGGAUAUGCCCUCAUACAUGUUUUGCGGCAUUACCCACUUAAUGGAUCUAUUGGAACUCAUCUGUUAUCUAGAAUGCAGCGCUCUAAACAUAACUAGUUGUAUAGCCUUCAGAUGUGUACCACAUUGAAGACAGGAUAUCAGCAGCACCUUCUGAUCCAAUGGAUACUUGUUAAGGACUAAUAUUUUAACUCGCAUAUCUUAGAAAAAGCUCAUUGAUGUACGUAUCAAAAGGUGAAAAUACCAAUAUUUUACAUUUGGUGGUACUAUCAAUACUUUGUGCUAUCUAUUUGUGGAUACCUCCUCCAGGCGCCAACCAAAAGUGCUCCACCAGAGAAUAUCAAAAAUGGCAUUAAAAACAGGAUCUAUACUGGUUAGUAAGGGUCCACCCUCGAAGGUGUUUGGGGAUGAUAACGAAACCGCGGAACCUCCAGUGAUUAAAUCACCGGAGAUAGCACCGGAGCAAUGGAAACCCAAAGCAGUUCUAUCUAUGGACUCAAUUACGGUUGGAAUAGGACCACCAAAAGCUUUGUCUUCUAAACCCACGGCCAAAUCUCAGAUAUUCCCGAAAAACAUAGUUGUUGGGAGGUCUGUAAAAGCAGGGUUGAAUCUGGCACCUAAAGCUGUACCCAAAGCUCCCACUCCAAUCCAGGUAGAUAAAACGGAGAAAGGAAUACCGGUGGAGACACCCAAGAGGCACAAAGAUGAAUUCACCGAAAUUAUGAGGGACCUGGUGUCCACAGAUUCCCUAAAGUGCGAUAUAUUAGAGGAAGAUGGAAAACCGGUUACCGAAGACUCAGCUGAAACAAAACCAUCGCAAAGCAGCAUUGUUGAAAUCCCACCAAAAGAUAGCCUGCCAAAUGGCCAAGUUAAAUGCUUCACAACGGCAAUGCCAACUUAUGGGACCCUGCAAGAACAGAACACGAUAUCCGCCAAACCCUUAACUGAAAAGGCGAAGUCAGCCCAUGAUAUCAAACUGGAUGCAUUCAGAAGAGUUGCAAAUAAAUUCAAGAUGAUAACCAGGUUAAGAUGCGGUAAAGAGGAGGAAUACUUCCCACUGGAUCAAUAUGGCUACGCUAUGCGUCACAGCCACUCUAACAUUACUGACCCUUCGCAAUGUGAAUCAGCAAGACGUACCACAAGCCUAACGAGUGAUAAGUUUGCAUCAUCCACGUUCUCUGCCACAGGAGGAUUAGUACCAGCUUCACAGUACGAUAUAGGGAGACGAGCUGGGCUCAAGAUGAACGCCAUCACGCAAAAGUAUAAAGCAAUAAGAGAAUCAAUAGAAAAUUUAGAUUCAUACAAUGGCACCGAGGCUAAAGAUGGACACUACAUGGAACACAAACCAACAAUGGCCAAAUUAUGGUCAAAACAUGGUAGUACCGCAGUAUUAACGAAAAGUGGGACUCAAUAUGACGAAGAAAAUCUACCGGCAUUAUAUUCGGUGUACAAAAGAUACAGCAGGGGUACUGCACACGGGUUACUGUGAAAAAGCAUGAGAAGAAAAUUCACUUCCAUGUUUUAGCACAAAAACUCUAAUGUAAAAAA